AUGGCUAAAGACAGUACAGUGUGCCUCACUAACUCGCUCACACCGACCACUGCCCAGAUCACGGGGUGGGAGCUGGUACCGCCAUACAGCGUGCAGGCGUUGAUGAAGGCGGUCAGCAUGCAGCCCGUCGUCGCCUUCCUCAGCGGCUCCGCGCAGGAUUUCCAGCUGUACAACUCGCGCGGGCAGCUGAAAAUUUACGACGGGCUGUGCACGACGGACAUCAACCGCGCGGUGCUGGUGGUGGGGUAUAACUACACGGGUUCGAGUCUCGCGGGUAGCUAUUGGAUCCUCAAGAACACGUGGUUCAACACGUGCGGCGACAGCGGCUACAUGUACCUCGCCAUGUUGCCCGACGUGCGCGGGAAAUGCGGCAUCCACACCAUCCCCGCCAUGUACCCGGUGUACUACCCGAGCGGGCCACAACCGACCGCCGCGGCGGACGCGUGCUCCGGGAUCAACCCGUGCAGCGCGGGGCGCUGCUACACGCGCGCGCGCGGUGGCGGGGAUGGUGGAGGUGACGGGCGUGCCCACCAGCAAGUGCGUUCCGCACAACCCCUGCCCCAGCCGCGGCCAGUACAACCCGUGCGGCAGUGGCACGUGUGUGAACCCCGGCGACGGCACCUACUCUUGCCAAUGCCCCACCGUGAGUACCCCACCAAGCCUUCCUUUAUUCCUAGCUCAGAUUUUCCCCUUUCACUCGCUUCCCCUCCCGUCUGUAUUCGUGCAUCUGCCCUCCAUUCCCACUCAAUCCUUCCCAUCCUCUCCAAUCCUCUUCCCGUGCUCCUCUCCUCCCCCCUUCAUCAGGGCUACGCCAUAGGAGCGGCAUCAGACGGCAGACAGACGUGCGUGGGAGUGGCAGGCAGCCUAGCCUCAUUCCUCGCCUACCCCACCGUCCCCGGUGACUCCUGCUCCUCCGUUGCUGCCGCCUUCGGCCUCACCACCGCCGCACUCACCGCUCUCAACCCCUUCCUAAACUGCUCCUUUGCCUAUCUCCCCCCCACGCUCGUGUUCACCAUCGCCAACGCUUCCUCCACUGUCGCAUCCCCCUCUGUACCGCUCUACAAUGCAACGUACACCGUGCAACCCAACGACUCCUGCACGACCCUCGCCAACACCUUCUUCGCGGGGAGCCUGUCAGCACUGCGUGCUGCCAACCCGCUCAUAUGGACCACCUCACGCUUCUUCCUCUACCCGGCUCAGGUCAUCUGCACGGCAACCAGCUCACUCUCCUCACCGGCAGCCGUGCACGUGCCCCACUGCGGGCAGACAUACAUCACAGUGGCGGGCGACACGUGUCCGUCUGUGGCAUCCAAGUAUGCCAUCAGCCUGGGCGCCUUCAUGGGUCUCAACAGCGCGCUCUCGUGCACCGCUGCCCUCCCCGUGGGGUCGUACGUCUGCGUCGCGCCCAAGAGCACUCAGGUGCGUCGCGGGAAGGGACGGCAGGGUCCCAGGACCUAA